AUGGCAUCAAGGACAGAAAAGAAGGUUCAUGCCAGCUGCACUAUAAAUCUUGAAGAUGCAUUGCCUCUCCUUGGGUCGGUGGAUGAAGAUGAAAGAAUUACUCUUGAAAGUAACAUUAUUAAGGGCCUAGAAGCUUCAUUUAACAGGUCAGUAGACCAACUGAUUCCUCGUCUGAAAGUAUGCAAGGCUCAUAAGCUUGGCCGUUUCCACAAGGAGGUUAUUAGAACGUUUAUGAAAAAUAACGAGCUGGUGAAUGAAUAUGUAGCAUCUUUUUUUACUUGGAUAGUGGAUUUUUUUCCAAUAAGCUUUGUUGAGAUACUCUUUGAAAAAGAAGAUUCUGUUUGUAAGUAUUACAAAAAGGUUCUUAUGAAACUCUACGGAAGCUCCAGAGUUACAGAAUACAGACUAUCUGUGGAAAAGCAUGAUCCAGACACUUUGAAGUAUAUAACUAAGGCCAAGAUAGUAGAGUUGGUCAAGUACCCCGGUGUGGUUGUGUACUUAACCAGAAAUCUAAUGCAUAUCCACGAGGAAGAACGAUUGUUUUUGAUCAAAAAAUACCUGAAGCGUGGAGACCUUGAAUACUACUUGAAUACACUUGCUGAUAACACCCAGGACUCUGUAAAAUAUGAGAAUGAUCUUUAUGAAUACCUUAAUAAUGGAGUGAUUGAGGAAACAUCCACAAAAUACUCAGUGUUUAUGAGUGUUUACAACUUUAUCAAAAAGAAUGAUCAUGGAAUAGUUGAGGAUUAUGCAUCUGCACAAAGAGUAUUCAGUGACUAUGAUGUGGAAAGGUUUCUCAAAAGCGACAUAGGUGUUAUCUUUCUUAACCAAACCAUAAAGUAUGUGGCAAUGUAUUCCAGAAAUGUGCAAAGAUGCAAGGAGAUUGCUUAUGAAGCCCUACAAUUGAAUAUCCCAAGGAAUGUAGGCAAGAUCUUAUGGGAUACGCUGAGCACUGACAGAAACACAUUUAUAGAAUGUAUAGACAAAUUCAAUGUCUUGGAAGAUGAGGAUUUGGGAAGGAUUCUUCUCUAUGGAAAAGGUAUUUAUAAGGGGAAUGGACCAUCUAUACGCAGAGCAAUAAACUAUGAAGGCGGAAUUUACAGAAAGGAGGCAAUAGAUUAUGUCGCUGGCUCCUUUUCAGCAAGUGAGAUAAUGGAUGUACUGGUUAAUCAGGACAAUGACGAGAGAGACUUUCUGUCAGAAUGUAUCUACAGGAAGGCCUUAGCAGGAGAAUUUGACUUCAGGGUAUUUGAAAUUGAAGAUUCCACGUGGCUAGAAAAGACCUAUGAUCAAAUAUUCAGGACCUUGAAUAUUAGCAUUUAUGAUACAUUACUUGAGAAAAGGCCUGAACUAGCUUUUGAUUAUUGCUUUAGGCAUAAAGACCUUCGUAGAAAAUACUUUGAAAAGAUAGACAAAAAGAACUGUACAAUCGAGGAAGGUAUAUGCAUCCAUAAGAUCUUAAAGCAUGAGCUUGAACUUAUGGGAGACUCUGGGAAUGCAAGUUCAUAUGCAGAAGCAGUUUAUGGCUGUAAUGAAGAUGGAAACGAGAUAUAUAUGAUUAGUGUGGCCGUGGAUCCUGUUAUUACACUAGGUGUUGUAGAGCUCGCCUAUCUUCUUACGCUGAUACGUCCAGAAGAUGCAAAGUAUUACAUAUGUGAAUAUUUUGAUGAAAUAUGCAGUAGAGGUAGUAGCAAUCCAAGUGAAGAGGGCGCCUCAGGUAAUAUGGAUUACACUGAAGUCCUUGGCCUUAACGACCUUAGUUUAAUAUGUUUGAUUCCAUUGUAUCAGAUGAUCGACACAAUACUUUCUGUCCAUCUAAAAAACAAAUAUCUGGUUUAUACCAUUAUGGACUCGUUACUUGAGGCCAUAACCAAGAGUACCCAAGGCCUUCGACUUACUAUACUAAGAAACAUGGACUCUAGCUCUGUUACUCCCAACCACAUUGUUAGAUUCAUCAAUGCUCUUAUUCCUCUUCUUCAUAAUUCCAACAUCCAGAUCUGUAAUGAGAGUAAGAGACUACUCAUGGAAAUACCCAUUACAACUCCGGAGCUAUCGUGUCUCAGGUCUCAGAUGGUUCAGUCGAUAGUAGAUAAAAUGUAUGCAAAGUCGUUCUUUGAAGCAAUCAGAAGACAACAAUUUAAUCAUUAUCUCUGUUUCAAUGCUUUGAAUAUGUUAGUCCAGACUCUUACCAUGCAUAUGAGAGAACUUAAAGAGGAUGUUUUUCCUAUACUCAAUAGCUUACAAUUCGUUGCCUAUCCUCAGGACCUGAAGUUGGUUUUUCCUGUUAUAUUUGAAAGCCUAUCCUCAUUUGUAAUCGAAAAUGCAUUUUAUCUUGAUGAGUGCUGCAGAGUUGCCAUACCCAUGAUGAAGUUUGGAGAGGACAUUUCCUUUGAUAAGCUACUUGGUAGCAUGGGGCGCUCUCUUCGGGUCAACAAGUUUUUAGUUAAAUGCCUUAAAGCCUGCGAUGACAAGGUUAGCGAGAAGAUUAUUAACAAGAUAAUAAGAAAGGGAACAUCUCACACAGGCACUUCUGAAGGUGAAGAUGGAAAAGAAUCUCUUUACAUAGAACCCUUUUUCCUGGCCUAUGCACCAGAACUACACGUUUUUAAGAAGUACAUCCCAGUAUUUAAGCCUCUUCUUAAGGGGCUAUUUCUCAGCUCCGACACAACAAAACAAGAAAUAGCAUCUAAAGCUUUUGAAUCAAUGGAAGUAGUGGAAUUUCUUAUGCUUUGCUGUAUUGUUGGACAAUGGAAAACUAGGUUUCUUUGCCUUGAGCUAUUUAGCAAAAAGGGUGUUGAGGACAGUAGGGUAAUGGCCAUGCUUUUCAUCCUGAGAAAUGAUGCCCACUCAGCAAUCAGGAAAAGAGCAUUGGAAAUAUGGAAGUCUAAUGUUGUGAACACCAACUCGGCCCUAAAGGGUAUCUAUAGAACUGUCCUUGGGUUCUUAAGAUACAGAGAAAGUAACGGCUCUUUUUAUGAUGCUAUUAUGAGCUCUUUGAAUGAUCUAGUUGGGAAGUAUGAUAAGUAUAUUGAAAAGUACUUAAAAGAUACUAUGAAUAAGAUGUAUUCUGGAAAUGAUGAUACUAGUCCUUUGGGGAUAGAGGAAAACUCGCAAGAACUAAAGAAAGUCCCAGAAAAGAAGGUGGUUGAGAUAAUACUAAUAGAAUGUGCCAAGUCGGGUAAGUAUUUGGAUAUGGCAUUAGAGUUCGGUAUCAAGAAUUCUUCAAUUGAUCUUUUUCGUCAACUUCUUCAGAGCCCGUCAUAUCGAGAAAAAAUCAUUGAAGUGAUAGGAAAUAGAAUAGAUGAUCUUGCAGUGGGUGACAUGUUUGUUGGAAAUAACCAAUUGGGAAUUGAUCUGUUUAGGAUGACUGGGAAAACCUCUUUAUUCAAGUUCUUGAAAAGCUCAGACAAGAUGAGUCUUCUUGAAUCCAUGCUUUUCAAUGAGGAGCCAAAUCCCAUUCACAUUAAGGAACUCUUGAAGCAGAUGAAGCCAUCGAAGAAGUUAGAGCAACACCUCCUAGUAUCCGAUCCCGUGUAUACAUCGAUUUUUUAUGGCUCUGGAGAAAAAACGGAUGACCAAGGCCAUCAAAAAGAGCUGUUUAUCAGGGCAUUCAACACCUUGGACUAUCCUGAGUUGAAACCUUUAAUCAUUCCUGAUUAUUCGAGCCUUCUUCUGGAUGUCUCAUAUAAGAAUGUUAAAGAACCUCAAGCUCUAGUCAAUAUUCUCUGCUCUUCUAGCUCUUUGAGGGCUUUAGAAAGGUUGAAUGACGUUGCCUCCAAUAUGGAACUUGGGGAAUCUCUAUUUAUUCUCAGCGGGCAUCUUGUCCAAAAUUACCUUUUUUAUGAGAAGAGAGAGGCCGUUCUUCCAUCACUUGAGCUGAUAUACAAAAGAUAUCAUGGGAGGUUGAAGGCUUUCAGGCUGAUUAUUGAACGCCUUCUUGAUGGUAUUAAGCAUAUUUGA